AUGGGAUUAUCCAAGAGUUUAUUAAGCCUCAAUGUAUUAUCUUUAUCUAGUUCUAUAUCAUCCCAAGGUCAGUAUACUACAUAUUAUGUUAACAUAAAUAUGUCUCAGUUCCCAUCAAUGAGAUCGUCUUACUCAUUUCUUCCAUGUAUUACUUUAGGGUUAUGUAUGUGUGUUGUAUAUGGCCAGCUUAGCCCAACAUACUACAGUACGUCUUGUCCCAAUCUCUUGUCAACUGUUAAGUCUGCAGUGAAACAGGCUGUCGCCAAGGAGAAACGAAUGGCUGCGUCUCUCACGCGUCUUCACUUCCAUGACUGUUUCGUUAAUGGCUGCGAUGGGUCUGUUCUUUUGGAUGACUCCCCGACUUUGAAAGGAGAAAAGAAAGCACAGCCCAAUAUUAAUUCAGCUAGAGGAUUCCAGGUGAUGGACACCAUUAAGAGGAAAGUCGAGGCAGUCUGCAGUGGAGUUGUGUCUUGUGCUGACAUUUUGGCCAUUGCUACUCGUGAUUCAGUUGUCGAAAUGGGAGGGCCAACAUGGACUGUGCAGCUGGGAAGGAGAGACUCCAGAACCGCAAGUCUUAGAGCUGCAAAUAGCAGUAUUCCUCCUCCCACCUCAAAUUUCAGCCGACUCGUCUCAUCUUUUAGCACAAAGGGUCUUUCUACCAAGGAUAUGAUUGUUCUUUCCGGUUGUCAUACUAUUGGUCAAUCUCGGUGCACUUCUUUUAGAGCUCGAAUCUACAAUGAAUCGAAUAUUGACAAUGCAUUCUCUGCUUCUCUGAAAUCAAAGUGCCCAAAGAAAGGUGGUGAUAACAACAUUUCACCCUUGGAUCUGGAGACUCCAACCACUUUUGACAACAAGUACUACAAAAAUCUCAUAAGUCAGAAAGGACUUUUACACUCUGAUCAGCAGCUUUUUAAUAACGGUUCUGCUACUUAUCUAGUGACUCUUUACAGUACCAAUCAGGACAUCUUCUUCAAAGACUUUGCAGCUGCCAUGGUGAAAAUGGGAAACAUAAGUCCUCUUACUGGUAGCAAAGGAGAGAUCCGAAAGAAUUGCAGGAAACCCAAUUGA